AUGCCUGAGAAAGCGCGGCACGAUGCGGAGGAUGCGGAGACCUUCGCCUUCCAGGCGGAGAUAGCCCAGCUCAUGUCGCUCAUCAUCAACACCUUCUACUCCAACAAGGAGAUCUUCCUGCGGGAGCUCAUCUCCAACGCGUCCGACGCGCUGGAUAAGAUCCGCUACGAGAGCCUGACUGAUCCCUCGAAGCUAGACAGUGGUAAGGAUCUCAAGAUCGAUAUCAUUCCCAACCCCCGGGACCGCAUGCUUACCCUGGUGGACACUGGCAUUGGGAUGACCAAGGCGGACCUCAUCAACAACCUGGGCACUAUUGCUAAAUCCGGUACCAAAGCGUUCAUGGAAGCCUUGCAGGCUGGCGCAGACAUCUCCAUGAUCGGGCAGUUUGGUGUGGGUUUCUAUUCUGCCUAUCUAGUGGCUGAGAAGGUGGUUGUCAUUACCAAACAUAAUGACGAUGAGCAGUAUGCUUGGGAGUCAUCAGCUGGGGGUUCCUUCACUGUCCGAGCUGACCGUGGUGAGCCCAUUGGACGGGGCACAAAAGUGAUCCUGUAUUUGAAGGAGGACCAGACAGAGUACUUGGAGGAGCGGCGUGUCAAAGAGGUGGUGAAGAAGCACUCUCAGUUCAUUGGCUACCCUAUCACACUCUACCUAGAGAAGGAGCGUGAGAAAGAGAUCAGUGAUGAUGAGGCAGAGGAGGAGGAGAAAAGUGAGAAGGAAGAGGAAGAGUCAGCAUCCAAAAAUGAGGAGAAACCCAAAAUCGAGGAUGUGGGCUCUGAUGAUGAGGAGGAAGGAGACAAAGGCAAGAAGAAAAAGACCAAGAAAAUAAAGGAGAAAUAUGUUGACCAGGAGGAGCUGAACAAGACCAAGCCUAUUUGGACCCGCAACCCUGACGACAUCACGCAGGAGGAGUAUGGCGAGUUCUACAAAAGCCUCACCAAUGACUGGGAGGACCAUCUGGCUGUCAAGCACUUUUCCGUGGAAGGGCAGCUGGAGUUCAGGGCCUUGCUCUUCAUCCCGCGCCGUGCCCCUUUUGACCUCUUUGAGAACAAGAAGAAGAAGAAUAACAUUAAGCUGUAUGUGAGGCGUGUCUUUAUCAUGGACAGCUGUGACGAGCUCAUCCCUGAGUACUUAAACUUCAUCCGGGGUGUUGUGGACUCGGAGGACCUGCCUCUGAACAUCUCUCGUGAGAUGCUUCAGCAGAGCAAGAUCCUCAAGGUGAUCCGCAAAAACAUUGUGAAGAAAUGCUUGGAGCUCUUUUCUGAGCUGGCAGAGGACAAAGAGAACUACAAGAGAUUUUACGAGGCCUUUUCUAAGAAUCUGAAGCUGGGCAUCCAUGAGGACUCAACCAACCGAAAGCGCCUUUCAGAGCUGCUGCAUUACCACACGUCCCAGUCCGGCGACGAGGUGACCUCGCUUUCGGAGUAUGUGUCCCGUAUGAAGGAGACCCAGAAGAGUAUCUACUACAUCACAGGGGAGAGUAAGGAGCAGGUUGCCAACUCAGCCUUUGUGGAGCGUGUGCGGAAGCGUGGCUUCGAGGUGGUGUACAUGACAGAGCCCAUUGACGAAUACUGUGUGCAGCAGCUCAAGGAGUUUGAUGGCAAGACACUGGUAUCAGUCACCAAAGAGGGGCUGGAGCUGCCUGAGGAUGAGGAAGAGAAAAAGAAGAUGGAGGAGAGCAAAGCCAAGUUUGAGACCCUCUGCAAGCUCAUGAAGGAGAUUCUGGACAAGAAGGUGGAGAAGGUAACGAUCUCAAACCGGUUGGUCUCAUCUCCCUGCUGCAUUGUCACCAGCACCUACGGUUGGACGGCCAACAUGGAGCGCAUCAUGAAGGCUCAGGCACUGCGGGACAACUCUACCAUGGGCUAUAUGAUUGCCAAGAAGCACCUGGAGAUCAACCCUGACCAUCCAGUUGUGGAAACCCUCCGUCAGAAGGCUGAUGCUGACAAGAAUGACAAGGCUGUCAAAGAUCUGGUGGUGCUACUCUUUGAGACUGCUCUGCUCUCCUCUGGUUUCUCCCUGGAAGAUCCGCAAACCCACUCCAACCGCAUCUACAGGAUGAUCAAACUGGGGCUUGGCAUCGAUGAAGAUGAGGUGACUGCAGAGGAGCCCAGUGCAGCUGCUGCUGAUGAAAUCCCCCAUGAAACCCCCCCUCUGGAGGGAGAUGAAGAUGCAUCCCACAUGGAAGAGGUAGACUAA